AUGGAGUCCUAUACGGACAGUGACACUGCAAAUAGUCCUGCUUCUGAUUCAUCGGAUUCGUAUUUACUUGGAUCGAGAAAAAUCAAAAAAUGUUCCAGGGAUGAUUAUGCUAAAAGAUACAAGAAUUAUGAAAAGAGUUACCACAAGGAAAAGUAUUUAAAGAACCGUUCACAAAAACGUAGUUCAAGUCGUUCUCCGGACUAUGAGAGAUCAGGCAUGCCACCUUUGGCUAAGCUACAUGGUGCCCGAGAAAAGCUGCGACACAUCUCGAUCAAGCGGGAGAGUCCUGAGACAGACUCUUCUGGUGGUUCCAAAAACAGACAUCGCCGGUAUCAGAUCCCUAAUGAUUAUGAUCCUAAUCUGAAAAUCAAGCAAGAACCAAUUGAUGAUGACUAUCGUACUUCAAACUUGGAUGCUGUUGGCAGUCAUGAGUCAAUGAAACAUCGAGUGAGCCGUUGGGAGAAGGACGAUGCAAGUGUAUCUGUUAAGCAGGAGCCAAGAAGUCCCAGUCACAGCAGGAGCAGGUCUCCAGUUCAUCGCCAUCGUCAUCACAAAUCAUCUCACAGAUCAUCACACAGAGAACAGCACAGGGAUCAUCAUGACAGCAACAGACAUCGACAGAAAGAUGAACGACAGCGAGAAGAUAGAAAGAGGGAAGCUGCACAUAGGCGCCGAGGUGGAGAGAAUCCUUUUGUAACCAGUGCAUCAGAUUUUGGCAACAGAGGACACAAUUCUAACUCGGAUGCUGCUAAUGCAGCACAGGUGAAAGAAAAACCCAGUAUGGAAUUAUCUGGUAAACUGACUGAACAUUCAAAUACUUACAAUGGUAUUGUAGUUAAAUAUAAUGAGCCUGCAGAAGCUCGGAAACCGAAACGCCGUUGGCGGCUCUAUCCUUUCAAAGGUCUAGAGGACCUGCCUGUUCUUCCUAUUCAUAGGCAGAGUGCUUAUUUAAUAGGCAGGGAACGGUUAGUGGCUGAUAUUCCUGUUGGACACCCAUCAAUUUCAAAACAGCAUGCAGUUUUGCAAUUUCGAAAGGUUCCAUUUAAUCGGGCUGAUGGCACAACUGGUUACAGAGUUCGACCCUACAUUAUAGACUUAAAUUCUUCCAAUGGAACCUACAUUAAUUGUAAACGAAUUCAGUCACAAUGCUAUGUAGAAUUGUUUGAGAAAGAUCUCAUAAAAUUUGGUUACAGUACUCGUGAAUAUGUAAUUUUACAUGAAGACUCUAAUACAUGUGAAGUGCAAGUUGGUGAUGAAGUGAGUGAGUGA